UCUCACACUCCCUUUCUAAACCGCUGCGCUCACCUUCCCUUUCCUUCUUUCUCCCUUAUAUACUCUCUUCUGUUCUCCACUUCUCUCUCUUUCUCCAUCUCCGUACACCCUGUCCUUAAUUUCUCUCUAUCACAUCACUCACCAACAUGAGGAUGAGCUGCAAUGGCUGCAGGGUCUUACGCAAAGGUUGCAGCGAUGACUGCACUAUCAGACCUUGCCUUCAAUGGAUCAAAUCCCCUGAUUCUCAAGCCAAUGCUACUCUUUUCUUAGCCAAGUUCUAUGGCCGUGCCGGCCUCAUCAACCUUAUCGAUGCCGGUCCUCAGCACCUCCGUCCCGCUGUAUUUAGGUCACUGCUAUAUGAGGCUUGUGGAAGGAUAGUGAAUCCCGUGUAUGGUUCAGUUGGGUUGCUCUGGUCUGGAAAUUGGGCUCAGUGUCAAGCAGCCGUUGAUGCAGUUCUUAGAGGAACACCGAUAAUGCAAAUGCCUUCCGCUCCUGAUGCACCGCCACCACACUUGAUUGAUCCUUUCAAAACCUACGAUAUUCGUCAUGUGUCCAAGGACUCUAGCUCUGUUGAACUCAACAAGGUUAAGAACAGAACCCGAUUCAAACGGCCAAUUAAUAAGCCAACUUCUCCUUCUGAGUCAAUUGGUCGAGUUAACCUCGGUGACUUGAGUUUCGAACAGUUUCGUGAACCCUGGUCGAGCCAGAUGGCGAAUGGGGAUAGUAGCAAAGAUGAUGAAAGCAUGUUCUCCAUUGAAACAGUAGAGGAUGUGAACCGGGAUCGUGAACCGAACCAGAACCUGAAUAAUAGCGGAAGCGAUGACGGAGAUGAGGUUGCUGGAUUAGAGCUGACUCUUGGUUUGGUUCCAGUGCAGUAAUGCAAAAUCUUGGUUCUUCUUGGGUAUAGGCAUAGCUGAGUAAUUUUUUGUUUUUCUUUUUUAGGUAAAAGAAAAGGAAAAUGAAGAGGAAGCUUUUCUUUUCCCUUUUUCUUUUUUCAAUUAUCCCUUGAAUAGCUUAAGUUGUUGUAAGAGUUGGGUUUUGGUGUAUACAAUACAGCAAUGCAAAAGAAUCAAAAGACAUAUACAUAAUGUAUAUGCAUAUAAUUUUAAAUUUUAAUUACAUAAUUUAUGUUGGA